AUUCUACUUGACAAUUCUGCCCAUUCAAUACAUUAUUUAUGCGUUUUUCAGAAGUAAACAAAAUUUUCACUAUGACGAAUACAGACAGCGUAGAAGAGGAUUACAGGACCCUGUGUGCUGAGCUGAAUAUGGACGAGGAAACCAAGGAGUUGGCCUGGAAAGCUUACCUUCAUACCCGUCAAAUUUACACCUUAGAGGGAAACCAACUUCAUUGGCUAGCUUGUGCUCUUUAUGACGCAUGCAGAAAAUCUUCUGUUCCAACCGUUGGUAAACAGAGCACUGUAAUUGGAAACGGAGUUUCUCUAACCCGUCUUUUGAGAAACUGUUCCUUAGCCCUCAUACAGUUCUUCGACAAGGCCAAGAAGUGGGCCGAUAUGAACAAUUUAAACGAAACCUUCGUCAAGAAGAUUGAGAAACUAAACAGAAACUUUGUCGUCAGUCAUGUUAUUUUUAAGAAGUUUCAACCAAUAUUUUUACAUCUUUUCAAGGAUCCUGCGCUUAACCCGCCGCGCGUAAAAACCUCAAGAAAGCAAAAGCGCGGACCCUGCACCACGACGGACAUUUUUGAUUUUUGUUGGACUCUAUUUGUUCAAGUGAAGUCUGAGUUCUCUGGAAUAUCAGAUGAUUUGGUGAAUAGUUACCACCUACUCCUUUCCUGUAUAGAUUAUAUACACGCAAACGCUGUCAUAGACCAGAGAAACGAUCUCCUUCAGGUGAAGGUAGAAGAAGAUGCUCCUGGUGUACCUUGUAUCCUGGAGAAACUGUGCUCUGAGCACGAGGGUAUACUGAGCGAGGUUAAGUCUAUCCGGGAGCACUACUGGAAACCCUACAUCAAGAAAAUGUUUGACGAGAAGAUCCUGCGUGGAGACGAGGAGAACCUUGCUGGUAUCCUGGACAAGGAAGUGUUCGAGGGGAACCUCAAGAACAUCAGAAAGGAGUACGAGGUCUACGUCCUCAAUAUCGGGGAGUACGACGAGAGGGUCUUUGUCGGUGAGGAGGCAAAUACAGAAAUAGGGACUCCGACGAAAGGGAUCGGAGGAGGGAUUAAAGACUCCGCCCUGGCUGAUAAACUAGGUGUGGCAAGGCGGAACCUUUAUGACGAGUUUAGCGGAGCUAGUCUGAUUCCGAGUACACCUCUUUCCGGUAGACAUUAUCUCAGAGCAAGAGAACAGCAGUUAUCUACACCUAUUAGUCAGGCCACAUACCUUGUAUCUAAAUUGAAUAAGAUGAUUGCUGGCCGGAAAAAUGAACCCGGAGCUGAACUGUUGAAUUUGUUUAACAAGUGUAGUCCCAAGAUCGCGGAGCAAAUUCAAGACAAGAUUCGAGCUCUCGGAGUCAAGUUUACGGAGAGGUAUACUGCACCCUCCGAUAAUCAUCCCGGGAGUCAUGCUAGCUUUGCUGCCAUGAGGUUGAGGUUGGGAGAGGUUCUAUACUACAGGAUCCUGGAGAAGGUUCUAACCUCGGAGCAGAAAACUUCUAAAUCUAUUGCUAUGCUCCUGGAGCAGGACGCAUUCCAUCAGGUUCUAUUCACUGCUUGUCUUGAGAUUGUGAUAUUUUCUUACAACAGUCAGCGAACCUUCCCUUGGAUCCUUGACACCUUCCAGCUAGAGGGAUAUCAGUUUUACAAGGUUAUUGAGAUAAUUAUCAGGUCUGAAGAUGGACUUGCCAGGGAUGUUGUUAAACACCUUCAGCGGAUAGAGGAACAGAUUCUAGAAUCAAGAGCUUGGAUUUCAUCGUCUCCUAUCUGGGACGCAAUCAGAUUAAGUGAAUUUGGAGUUCCAAGUUGUGAAGACGUAUCUCUUCCUCUUCAGGAUAGCUCUGCACUAGGCCAAUCCCCCCUUUCGCAUCAUAGAUCCUUCACUAUACGGUCUCCUCUUACAGGAGAUAGGUUUAAGUCCCCAGUUGUUACUGCGCUUGCCCGAAGGCAGCUCUUCUCUGGUGGCUCCGACACUAUUCAAGCCGUACUCAGUGUAAUACCUUCCUCCAGUGGUAUCCAACACUCGUCUAUCUCUGUAUCCUCUCCAUCCUCGACUCAUAGAUCUAUAGUCUACUCUCCCAUGAAGAAACCGUUAGUAUCCGUCCCUGCGCCUGGUUCUGCUAAACCUGGAGCUCCGUCCGGUAAAUCUAAAAGAACAGGCUCCCUGAGUUUAUUUAUGAGAAAGGUGUAUAACCUUGCAAACCUUCGUUUGGAGACUCUCUGCAACUCUAUGCAGUUGGUGGACGAAGAAUUACGGCGACGGAUCUGGACCUGUCUGGAGUAUACACUGAUGACUCAUACUACAUUGAUGAAGGAUCGACACCUGGACCAGCUGAUCAUGUGCAGUCUUUAUAUCGUCUGUAAGGUUUCUGGUCGGGGUAAUGACAAGAACUUCACAGACAUAAUGCAACACUAUAGAAACCAACCUCAAGCUGCUAGCCACGUUUACAGAUCUGUCCUUCUCAAAUCCUCCUGUACAGAGUCUGUACAGGACCUGGAGCAGAGGGUUGAGAUGAACCAACCACCGCCUACUCCGACUAGGAUGGCGAAUACGAGUACUGUUGGGACGGACGGAGUAGAACGGGGAGAUCUCAUCAAAUUUUAUAAUACAGUAUAUAUGGAGAAGAUGCAAGAGUUUGCUCUACGGUUCAGACGACCAGCCAGUCUACCACCCCUCUCUCCUCUACCAGUUCUCCGAGCUAACCCUGCCUCCCCCUGCAGGAAGGUUUCGGAUAACCACUCUCUGUUUAUCCGAACCUUGAAACCAAACUCGAAUAUUCCCUACACUUCUCCCAUGAAACCUCUCUCCUACAGCUUCAGCAAUAGUCCUGCCAAGGAUCUGCUCGCAAUAAACGAGAUGGUACGGAAAGAAGGCGGACGUAAGGUUGGUAAACGUCUACUUGUGGACGAAGGAGACGAUAAGACGGACGAACCGGCAACUAAACUUCUCAUCAAUGAUCCGUCCCAACCGAGACCCCGCAUGAUGGAGAUUAUGCUGGGGGAUAGAUAAAAAUGGUUGCAAAAUUUUGAAAAAUUUAUUUAUUAUCAAGGAAACAUACAAAACGCUUAAUAACUGAAACUAUAUGUAAAAUUAUGGUAUUUCGAACCCAAUGAUUAUUUUUCUACAUAUUUACAAACAACUGUAUGUAAACAUUAUUUUUAUGUUAAAAAUAAAAAUUUAAGAACAUUA